UUUCCUCUCGGUGGGACAGGGGGCUGACCGACGGACGGACGACAGCCCAUCAGCAGAAAAAAUACCAUGUGAAGAAAAAGUAUAUAAAAAGGGACACGGGCAGCGAACUUGCGAGGGUGAGAGCUAAUUCCUCCGUCUCACCAGCAGCAGCACCGGGUCAGCGUCUCUAACGGCUCGGCGGAGAGCGAAUGGACAGAGCGGGAGAGGACAGUCUCACCAACGGUAGCAGACACAUAUACCAUGCCGACGAGUGAUGGCCCCAGUCGCUUCCCGGUCUUUGUGGCUCCGCCCCACGGCAACCACCAGAGGUCUCCAGGUUAUGUCCCCGGGCGGGUGGCUCCAGUCCGCUCACCACCACCUGCCAAAGCUCCACCACCUCCACCGAUAAAACCUCACGGCCCCCCGCCAGAGCGACGAGCCACUUUCAAUGUGUCAGAGGAGAACCAGCGGAGGGAGCGUGCUCAGAGUCUCCAGCAGAGAAAAAACACAUUUAUCUGUUGUGGAGUGUCGAUCGGGGCUUUCUUCAUCACCCUCAUCCUUGUCCUUAGUCUCUCAAGUGGAGAUGUGUUAGACGAGAAUUGUCCGGACCACAACCCAUCCCUUAGCAGCUGGAACCCAGGUCACCAACCAGAGAAGGCUGUCAUUGUUAGGAGGGGACAUUUGUUCAGAUUGGAUGCUUCCGCUACCUUCCACACACUAACCAUCCAGUCAGGAGGUCAGGUAGUUUUUGCAGACAACACUGAUGGCUCCAAAAACAUAACCUUGAGAACACGUCACAUCCUUAUAGAAGAGGGUGGAGCCCUUCACAUCGGUGCUCCCAAAUGUCGCUAUCGUUCUCGCGCCACCAUUGCCCUUGUGGGCCGCUCUGACAACAAGGCAGUCCCUGAAGUGCCUGGCAUGGGCCGCAAGUUCAUCAGUGUCAUGAGCGGUGGGACUCUGGAGCUACAUGGUACUGAGAGAGUGUCCUGGUCUCUGCUGACCCGAAGUGUCCCGGCCUCCGGUCUGGCCACAGGGGGUUAUGCCUUCCAGCGGAACUUCAGCAGAGGCAUCAACUUGCGCGUAGUGGACCAAGACACAGCUGCUGUGCUUUUCUCUGAACGCUACGACACGCAUGAGUCACGUAAUGACAGUCGGCGGCUCACCCAGCUGUUGCGGAACCUGCCGGUGGGCCGCAUUGUCACACUCGCUGUUGGAGACUCAGCUGUCAAAAGUCUUCUGGAUGAAACUAAGAAAGCCAUUGAAGAGAAGCUCGGCAGCAGCUUUGUCUAUGAUCUCAAAUACAGACAGGCGUGGGCUUUGGUCUCAGUUGUAGGUGGUGGUAAUGUGUCAUGCUCAGAGGACGUUAGGGAGCAUGAAAACCACGACACAGGAGGGAGAGCUCUGGCAAGACGGAACUUUAGCACUGUGGACGGAGUGGGCUUCUCAGUCACCGCCUACAGCGAGUGGAAGAAUGGUUUCCCCAUCUCAGGCUUUCAGGUGGAUGCUGUGGACCAGGUGGUGCUGAACCUGCAGGAUGAAGUGAAGAAGACCUGGCAACCCGGGGAUCAGAUUGUAGUCGCCAGUACAGACUACUCCAUGCACCAGGCUGAAGAGUUUACCUUGUUGCCCUGCUCUCACUGCAGCAGCAGGCAGGUCAGGAUACAAGGGAAGCCUCAGUACAACCAUGUCGGAGAGAUCAUAGAUGGAAUUGACAUGCGUGCUGAAGUUGCCUUGCUCUCCAGAAACAUUCUCAUCUACGGAGAAAUGGAAAACUCGUGCUAUGGAAACAACAAGUGCCAGUUCUACAGCCAUGACACCUUUGGAGGCCACAUCAAGAUCUUCGGUAACUUCUCAUCCGUGCAUCUGUCCCAUGUGGAGCUGAAGAACAUGGGCCAGCAGGGCGAGAAUGGCCGCUACCCCCUCCACUUCCACAUGUGCGGAGAUGUGGACCAGAGGGGAGGCUACAGGGAGCCCACCUAUGUGGACGGACUCUCCAUACACCACUCCUUCUCCCGCUGCCUCUCCAUUCACGCCACCAACGGUUUGCUGGUGAAGAACACUGUAGGCUAUGAUACCUUGGGUCACUGUUUCUUCCUUGAGGAUGGGAUCGAGCAGCGCAACACUUUCUACCACAACCUUGGCCUGCUAACUCGACCUGGGACUCUGCUGCCUACUGACCGCAACGAGACCCUCUGCACCAGCAUUAAGGACAAAGUCUACAAGGGCUACACUCCCUCACCCAGCACAGAGUGCAAGGCAGUUUCAACAUUCUGGAUCGCCAACCCCAACAACAAUCUCAUCAGCAAUGCAGCUGCUGGUUCUCAGGAUGCUGGCAUAUGGUUUGUGUUCCACAGCUCUUCCACCGGAGACUCCCAUGGGCUGGUACCAGAGACCAAGGCAGAGCUCACCCCCCUGGGGAUUUUUUACAACAACCGUGUACACUCCAACUUUAAGGCAGGUCUGUUCAUUGAUAAAGGAGUGAAGACCGUCAAUGCUAGUGCUGCUGACCCCCGGGAAUACCUGUGUCUAGAUAACAGUGCCAGAUUCCGACCACACCAGAAUGCUGACCCUAGCCGUCCACGGGUGGCGGCAGUCAUUGACACUCUGAUCUCCUACAAGAACAACGACUUAGGAGCGUGGAUACGGGGAGGCGACAUCAUCAUCCAGGACUCUGGAUUUGCAGACAAUGGAGUGGGAUUGUCCUUUGCUAGUGAUGGCAGCUACCCUAAGGAUGAAGGCUCCAGCCAGGAGGUGACACAGUCUCUGUUUGUGGGUGAAAGCCGCAAUCGAGGAACCAACGGAGGACAGAAUAAAUACUGGGGCUUAGGAGGGGCUGAUGCAAAGAUGAGAACACUGCCUAGAAACAGGACGUUUCCAAUCCGAGGUUUCCAGAUCUAUGACGGUCCGGUGCGGCUUACGCAGAGUACAUUUCGGGGAUUCAUCCCCACACCAGAGCGUUACACCAGUGCAGUGGGAUUCAACCUGAAGAACACUUGGCAGCUCAACCCACGGAACAACCUGUCCCAGCUCAACUUCCACUCCACUGUGGAUCUGCGGACGUUCUUUGGUCGCCCGGGGCAGUGGUUUGAAGAGAACGACCUGGACGGUGACCGAAACUCUAUCUUUCAUGAUGUGGACGGGUCCGUCACAGGCUAUACAGACACUUACGUUGGCAGAGCAGACAAUUUCCUCAUCCAACAUCCUGGCUGCGUGAACAUGUCCCAGUGGAAUGGAGUUAUCUGCAGCGGCCGCUACUCUCAGGUGUACAUCCAGACCCAGGGAGCCCCCAGCCUUAGUUUAUCUAUUUGCAGAGAUGAGUACCCUGAAGCUCCUCUGGUGCUGAGGGGGAUUAACAGCCAGGGGGCGCCAUCUCAGCAGUACCAGCCUGUUCUGAUGAUGGAAAAGAGCUACACUCUGCACUGGAGCGGACCUGCACCCAGAGAGGUUGUCCUCUCUCUCAUCAACUUUGACAGAGAUGACUGGGUCCUGGUGGGACUCUGCUAUCCAUCCGACACUACCUUUCAGAUCAUGGCCGAUAUCAACGACAGACAAAGCAACACCUUUGAUGACCUCACAGACUAUGGCACUGUGUCAUCCCUCACAGAGCUGGAGAGGAGACCGAUGGAGAGGAAGUACUUCUUUGACAGAACUGUUGGGUUGUUGUGGCUGUACCUUCGGGCUCGGCAUGGUCGCGAUGGUCACAGCUACUGUUCUGCAAAAGGCUGCGAAAGAGUGAAAGUCAUGGCCACCACGUCGUCCAAACAAAUCUGUAACUGUACCACCAAGGCCUACCCCAAGUACUCCAAGAAACCCUCAGCAGUGGUGCCUAUGCCGACCCUCAAUGCACAACACUGCAAAGGUUGUGGUGCUAAACAGCUUGUGUUUUCCAGUGAGCCAUGGACGUCCUACCUCCAGACACAAGUCAAAUCUCUCAGCAGCAAAGAGCAGCAGAGAGGAGAUAACAGCUCCUUUAUCACUGUGAAUGAGGUGCCCAUGGCCUUCUCUCAGCCUGGGUACUUCCUGGUCUCAGUGGAUGCCUGCUCCGGGAAGGUCACGAAGAAAACCUCAUUUGCCAAGAUGGACACCAAAAUGGAACAGUACCUAAAAACUGGAAUACCAAAGAGGUCAAUAGUGCUCAUGGCAACACGAGGUCAACCGGACGGCCUGGUUGGUAUAGCACCAUAUCUGGUCUCCUUAGGUAUGGCCAAAGCUGCUGACCUGCACUCUAAAGAGAGUCUGGCACUUUGGGGUUUCCAGGGUGGUUCUUCAACCCCUCCGUGGGUCUCGCUACAAGCCGGGCAGGGGGAUGAGUUCCUGGGGCUGCAGGAGCGCUACUUGCCUCUGGGUUUGGAGGCAUACGGCUGUACGCCACCUGCAGCUCAAACGCGCAAAGACCUGGAGCUACUCAAAAUAGCAACAGGACUACAAUGACCCAUGUGAACUAUACAACUUAACUACCCAGAACACUUGCACACAGAUACACAAACACACACAACCAGCUGAUGAAUGUGAACUGCUGAACCUUUUAAUUUAUUAACAAUGGCAAAAGAUGUUUACCAAUUUCAAGUGGAGAGAAGGUAUUUUAUUAUAUACGGGGUGAGUAUUUUAGUGAUUUUUGUGUAUGUGUGUGCGUGUGUGUAAGUAUGCCUUGGGGCCGUUGAGUCAAUGCACUUUCCUUUUAAAGACACAACUUGCCUUAUCAGCCAAAGUGAUCAAAUGGAGCAUUGCAAUAACUCAGUUGUUUAUCUUGAAACAGAAACAAAAACAAAAAAAACCUUUAAAAUCUACCUACCAGUCUCUUAUUUAUUAUGUAGUAAAUGAAAACAGAAUGGAUUGGAUUGAGUCUGAAAACAGAACACAAUGCAUUAGAUACACGACGGCCAGAAGGAAAUUAGGAAAAUAAAUUGCAUUGUCCCUGAAAUGAGACCGUGUUCGAUUGGAACAGAAAACGAAACAAGGUGGAUUAGACAAGCUCAGGUCAAAGGGAAGUGAUGAAAAUAAAUGCCAUUGUAUCUUAGAAUUAAGCAGCAAUAUUAAGCCAAAAAUGAACAUUUAGUGCGAAACAGCCAGUGGGUUAGGUGUGUUAGCUAUUUUCAUUAUUUGAUGCAAAACACCUCUAUUUUUUUAAACAAAGUCACAACAAGCCAUAUUAAAAUUUAAAUGGUCAAAUAUACAUAUGGUAGUUUGAUGUAAAAUAAAUCUAGCUAUCUUGUAGGACUGGGCAUUUUAUUUAUAUUAUAUCAAUAUCAUGAUAUGAGACUAGAUAUCUUAUAUUUUGGAUGUUGUUAUAUUGUAAGUGUUGUCUUUUCCUUGUUUUAAAGGCUAAUUUACAGUACGGUGAUGUCAUUUUCUGAACUUACCAAACUGGUCUAGCUGUUAUUUCCCCUUACCCACUUAGUCAUUAUAUCUGCAUUACUGAUAAUUAUUUACCCAAAAUCCCCUUUGUGUAAAUAUUUUGUCAA